AUGCCAAAUUCGCAGGACUCGCAAGGUACUGGACCGCCGAGUUUGACUAUUCCAGGCUACAUUUAUGGUACAUCCCCUUCCGGUCCCCCCUCCUUUCCAGCACUCGUCAAUUUGUUUUCGAAGAAUUCAGGUCCAGCCACCCCUGAUAGCGAUGCAAAUACAAGUUCUUUGGGGGGGAAAUUACUUUCGCUCCUUCCGAAGUCGUUUCGCGGCAAGUCGACUCAGUUGGCAGAGAAGUCUGGUAUCCAUUCUGAAACUUCCACUCCAGACGGACAAGCCGAAGAGACUGCCGAAUUCGUUCACUCGGACGCCACAAAGUUAACUUCUCCAGCGCCAUCCGGAGUAACGGAAGAACAACCUAUUGUCACUAGGAUCUCAGAUGAAAAUGACCCUCGUCCAUCCACAAAUCUCGGAGACGGGACGCCAGGGGCGGAUAACGGUAAAUCGAACGGUACCAUCGACCGUACUGGUGAUUAUACACCCGGUAAUGACACAGCGACGUCUCCCUCACAGAGGGAGGAAGUGGACAUCUCUGAUUCGAGUGUUGACAAGCAGGAUGAGAAACACCGAGUUGAUAAGUUUGUGAUUAACAAAACUGAUCUUGACCAGGCAUUGGAAACCACUUUAGCCUCUGAGGGGUUCACAAAUAAGAUCCUUCUCCAGAACCAAGAUCAUCAACGACAAUCAAGAAGACUUCCCCCUCAUCUGGCGACAACUUAUACUCACAAGCCCACUCAGUCGCAAAUUGACAUGUUUGAUCCAAACCGGCAUUGGACACUCCCAAUCUUUUACCCUAAGAGAGGACCAGGUAGGAUGAUGAUAUACAGACACUUCAUUAGCUUCCUGCUCGACGUCGUUUUGUCCAGCUGCUAG